AUGGCUCAUUGUUUCAUUCUAUUUUUUGCAAACUUGGAAAACUUUGUCCUUGCAGCAAUGGAAUAUGAGGAUUAUGUGGCCAUCUACCAUCCACCGAGGUACAUGAUCACCAUGAAGUUCUUCAUCUGUGGUCUGCUGAUUCUACUAUCCCUGAUCAUUAGCAUUGCAGAUGCCCUGCUCCACAGUCUGAUGGUGUUGCCACUGUCCUUCUGCACAGACCUGGAAAUCCCUCAUUUCUUUUGUGAACUUGCUCAGGUCAUUAAGCUUUUUUAUUCUAACACUGUCAUAAAAAACAUCCUGGUAUAUUUAGUGACUGGUAUACAGGGUAGUGGUCCUCUCCCUGGGAUUAUUUUUUCUUACAUUCAAAUUGUCUCCUCCAUUCUAAGAAUAGCAUCCACCAGGGGAAAAUAUAAAGCCUGUUCUACCUCGAGAUUUGAUGUCCCUGUUGUUUCCUUAUUCUAUGGCACAGCUUUAGGGGUGUACAUUAGUUCUGCAGUUACUCACUCUUCCAAGAAGACUGAUAGAGCCUCAAUGAUGUACACCAUGGUCUCUCCAAUGUUGAAUCCCUUCAUCUACAGCCUUAGGAACAGGGACAUGAAGGAAACCUUGAUGAAACUCAUCUGA